ACUUUCUUGGUUCCUAUUUUUUCUCUUCGUUCAAUCCUUUUGAUCCUCUCUCUCUCCUCUCUCUCUCUCUCUCUGAUCUUCCCUUCUCUUAUUUACCCACAUGUUUCGAUUCCCUGUUCUCUAAUCCAUUCCGAUUCCUUAUCGUCUCUGUUUUUUCCCCUCCCCACAAAACUCGAUUUGAUUCCAAAACUCAUCUCCUUUCCGAUUGAUUUCUUCGAUUUCGGGGCUCAAAUCGCCGGUAUCUGAGGCUAUCAUCAUAAUCAUCGUACUCCAUUUGCAUGCCAAGGUAGAUCUGCACUUUUAUCGCUAUCUUCUUUUCGAUUGUUCUUUUACGAUUAAAGCGGAAACGAACAUAAAAAAGGUGGAGAAGAGAUAGAUUCUCGUAUUUGUUCUUCAAUCCAAUUCCAAAUUCCCAAUUCCGUAAAGGGUGAUUGAAGGAUCUGGUGAUGUGGGAUUGAAAGGAUUUGUGUUGAGAAUUGGAGGGAGUGUCCCUUAAGGGGAGGGACGGAAGAGGGUUCCUGACGGAUCGGUACAGAGAAAGUGGUGGGGGUCGGGGGUUCGACAGGGCAGGUGGCCUGGAGUGCAUUCUAAGCAUUGUUAGGGCACUUCGAAUGGGGUCCUGCUUGUCUGCGGAAAGCAGGAGCCCCAUUCCUGGUUCCCCGACCUCUCCGGCUAAGCACUAUCAUCGAAGCAGGAGCAAGAGACGAAAUGGUUCUCGGAGUUCUUCCUUUGGGGAUCUGUCUCUCCAUCGGAUCCCUGGUAGGGUGUUCGGCAAUGGCUUCACUGAUUUCGCCUCUCUGUUUACGCAGCAGGGCAAGAAAGGAACCAAUCAGGAUGCCAUGAUUGUUUGGGAGAAUUUUGGCUCUAGAACUGAUACGAUCUUCUGUGGGGUUUUCGAUGGCCAUGGCCCGUACGGUCAUAUGGUUGCGAAGAAAGUGAGGGAUUCUCUUCCUCUGAGGUUAAGUACACAUUGGGAGGUCAACUUGACCACAGAUGAUGUUCUUAGAGAGAUAAGCCUCAAUACUGGAAGUGUGAACUCAGAUGAAGCUACCUCCUUUUUAUCUGCUGAUGAAGAGUUUAGGGCAUCCACUGAUGGUGAUGGAGCAGAAAAGCAACCUGAAAUUUUCCAUACCUUGAAGGAGUCAUUUCUUAAGGCUUUUAGGGUUAUGGAUAGGGAACUCAGAAUGCACCAAGGUAUAGAUAGCUUCUGUAGUGGGACAACAGCAGUGACUAUGGUUAAACAGGGUCAGGAUCUUGUCAUUGGAAACGUUGGGGACUCCCGAGCUGUUCUGGGUACGAGAGAUAAAGAUGACUCUCUUGUUGCAAUUCAAUUGACUGUGGAUCUGAAGCCAAAUCUUCCAGCUGAAGCAGAGAGAAUCCGUAAGUGUAGAGGUCGUGUCUUUGCUCUCCACGACGAACCUGAUGUUCCUCGAGUUUGGCUUCCAAACAGCAACUCUCCUGGACUUGCCAUGGCACGAGCAUUUGGAGAUUUCUGCCUCAAAGACUUUGGUUUAAUCUCUGUACCUGAAAUAUCAUAUCGACGGCUCACUGAAAAAGACGAAUUCAUUGUUCUGGCUACAGAUGGAAUAUGGGAUGUGCUAUCAAACAAAGAGGUUGUAAAUGUCGUUGCAUCGGCUCCAAAACGCACUACUGCAGCUCGAACUUUAGUUGAGACAGCCGUGAAAGCAUGGAAACAUAAAUACCCAACUUCCAAGAUUGAUGACUGUGCGGUCGUUUGCCUCUUUCUUGACUCGAACUCCGGAAAUCUAUCAUCUGCUUCCAAUACCAAACCAGAGGUGCAACAAAGUUUAAUAGAUCACAUCAGCAGUGCAGUUGAGAGUGAAGAUUUCUCUAGCCCAAAUGGUCUGAAUCAUUCGGGAACCGUCCAAAUCUGCAAGGAAACUCCGGAGGAUGGAAGCGAAGAAGAAGAUGAAUCGAAGGAGGAAGAACAUUCAGAAAUGGGAAUAGAAUGGUCUGCCCUGGAAGGCGUCUCACGCGUAAAUACUCUGGUAAACCUGCCGAGAUUCGAUCCUGGAAAAGAAGAUAAGAAAGGCCGGAAGUAAAUGGGGAAGUUCAGAAAGAUAUCCAUCAGUGCCUUGUUUUGGUAAAAGUUUAUUAUGUUUACUUUUUGUUGCUUCUGUUAUUCUUUCUGUAGGAGAAGAAAAGAAAUCACAUAAGAAUUGAACUCGAGAGAGGUCGGCCCGACCUUAUUAGUGCGUCUGGGGAAUAGUCGACGACUCUGUCAUAUCAGUAAAAUUCGAGUUUUGUAGGAUCAACUUGCCAUCCUUUAUUGUUCUAAUAAUUUUUCUUGUACGAAUUGUUUGUUAUUUGUAAUGUUGUUAAUAAAUUUUGUGAUUGUAAAGCCUAAAAUUCAACUUGCUUUGCAAAUCUUCAA